GUCAUUUUGGGUUCAAUUCUUUAAGAGAAGAAGAUGGGUUCAAUUCUUUAUGAGAAGAAGAUGGGUUCAAUUUUGUAAGAGAAGAAGACGGGUUCUGCUUUGAGAAGAAGAAGAUAGGUUUUGCUUUUGCUGUUUUUCUCGAAGACUAUCUAAGUGUUGAAAAUGACUAAGUGAGAGACAAUGUGCAUUAAGUCUAGUUUUUUAUUUUGUGUAAUCAAUUCAGACAACACAUAAAUAAUUUUGGUUGUCUGAUAGCGUACACUUGAAACUUCAGCUUAUGGACCCAGCAAGCAAAUCUCCCGCCUAGUGCGAAUCACAAACUCAUUUCUCCCGCCUAGGCACAUUCACACAACAAAAAUAGGCCAUUCCGUUGUAGGAUCUAUCACCACCCAAAUGACUGUUUUUCCUUCUGAGAUAGGUAGGCCAUCAAUAAAUAAGUCCAUGGCGAUAUUAGCCCAUGCUUUAUCAGGGAUUGAGUUUGGCUGGAGUAGGCCUGGAGGGGCUAUUGCCUCAUAAUGGUUAAUUUGGCAGAUGUGGCAUCUGGCAAUGAAGUGUUUGAUGUCUCCUACCAUUCCAGGCCAGGCUCUCUUGAUUCUCUGAUAAGUUCUUGUUCUCCCUGCAUGCCCCCCUACUCGUCCUUCAUGAAAUUCCUUGAUGAUUUUUGUCCUCCAAUUAUCAGAUUUUGGAACAAAAAUCCUUCCUUUGUAAUGUAGUUGAGAGUUAUGCACAGUGUAGUUCCUUUUGCCUGCACUGUUGGUCUGUAACUCUUGCAAAAUAAGAGUAGCCUCUGUAUUCACUAAACAGGAUUUUUGAAUCUCACUUAUGAAACUGUGGACUGGUUGAGAGAUUCCAGUCAGAGUUGACAAUUCAACUUGCCUAGAUAAAGCAUCAGGAGCAGCAUUAUUUUUUCCAGCCCUAUAGAAAAUGGAAUAGUCAUAUCCCAUCAACUUGAUCAAUCACUUUUGCUGAGCUGGAGUUGUGAUUUUUCGUUUCAAAAAAUGCUCAAUUGUCCUGUGGUCAGUAUAAAUUUUGAAGUGGUGCCCCAGUAAAUACGGCCUCCAAUGCUGCACAGCAAAAACCACAGCCAUCAUUUCCUUAUCAUAAACAGAUAAAGUGGUGUGCUUAGGGAAUUGUCUUGGAAGAUUUUGAAUGUUGUAGCCGAGGAAUAGUUGUUUUAGUUGAAUGUCUGAUUUCAAAGAAUGUGUUGGGAACAUUAAUGUGGUGGUUAUUGACAACUUCAGCAAGGUGCCUCGUGUGUUGCCUUCGAUCUUUUGUAACUUCAAAUGGCAUUUACAUUUAACAUUUUGGCAUCUGUCUUUCAAACUCAGAACUAUUUUGGUACUCACUAUAAAAUUUUUGGUAAAAAAACAGAGUCGAAAUUAGAACACAUCAGCAAAACGACAGUCUAAUAGGACUGAGAGGGUAUUACUGCCGGUAUAAAAUCCCCUGUUUCCUCAAGAUUCAGCUCAUUCUUCAUUUCCUGGUGUUCUUCCCCACGAGGCCUUAAAUUCCAGAAUAACUUAACAAAUAAAUCCUUUUGAUUUGUUUUGCAUUUGGGAUACAUGAGAAUCUUAGAUUGAUGCGGUGCGUUUUGCAUGCAACAGAAUUCACAAAGGUGGCGGUACGUACGGCCAUCGGGUUUGUGGUGAUGGGAUUCGUUGGCUUCUUUGUGAAGCUCAUCUUCAUUCCGAUCAACAACAUCAUCGUCGGAGCUGCUUAGGUCCUUUGGCACUUGUAAGAAAGAAGAUGGAGCUAUCAAGGAACACUAGAUAGGGAUAAGAUUACGGCCAAGUGCAUUAUGAUGCUUACAGUUUACCUAUUGUUUGUUUUUCAGAAAGAUUCUACUCUCUUAGCUUGUUCUUUUGUAAUUCAGAGGUGUUGAGUUCAGCAUUCGAUUUUCUUUUCUCUCCCAAUUAACCAAAUCACUGUUCUCUGUUUCGCUGAGUGUCAGUCGUGAAAGCUCUAUUCUCUCUUGUAGUUCAGUUUUGGCUUUGCUAGUAAGAGUUGAUGGGAAGACCUAAAAGAAUUGAAAAGCUUAGUGAUGAUUUGCUAGG